AGCCAGUCAUCGACUACAUCAAUAGGUGGAGGAACCUAAGUCUGAAUUGCAAGGAUCGUCUGUCUGAGGCUUCUGCCAUUGAGAUGUGCAUUCAAGGUAUGAGUUGGGUUCUUCGUUACAUCCUUCAAGGUAUUCGGCCGAAAACAUUCGAAGAGUUAGCGACUCGAGCCCACGACAUAGAGUUAAGUAUGGCUGCAAGCGGAGCUAAUGGACCACCAAUCCAAGAACCCCAAGGUUCCAAGAAUAGAUACGAGCAAAAGAAAGGAGACAAAUUUUCCUCAAAAUCUCAAAAUAAGGAGUCCAUGACGAUCAAUGUUGUGCCUGUCAAGUUCAAAGGAAAAACUGUUGAUAAAGCCGUUGAAAAGAAGGAUGUCCUCAAAAAAACUGAACAAAGAAGAUUGACUCUAAAAGAAAUGCAAGCAAAGCAAUACCCGUUCCUUGAUUCAGAUGUCUCUGGCAUAUUUGACGAUCUGAUGGAAGCAAAACUCAUUGAGUUACCCGAUAUGAAGCGUCCCGAAGAAGCUGGGGUGCAAAGAGCUCUUGGCAUCACAAGGUUGAGGUUGCUGAUGGAAGAUAUGGAAUCAACUGCUAUGUUUCAUGUCAUCGAUGCAAAAACUUCUUACAAUAUGCUUCUUGGUCGUCCAUGGCUUCAUGAGAAUGGCGUAGUUCCGUCCACAUGGCAUCAAUGCUUCAAAUAUUGCAAAAAUAGCGUUGUGAAGACUGUGCUUGGUGAUGAUAAACCUUUUACGGAGGCUGAAACUCAUUUCGCUGAUGCCAAAUACUAUUUCAAUGAUGCAAAACCAGUUGAGAAAGCCUCGUCUAAGCAGCAUAAAGGGUCUGAAAGUGAAGAAUCAAAGAUUGAAGAGGUAGAAAACUCAUUAAAAGAGUUAGUGUUGCCGCUGCCGAAGGUAGAGGACGAGAAACCUAUCUCCCAACCACCCAUGAACUUUGUUCGUCCAAGAAAAGGAGCUGUGACGGAGCAUGGUGAAGGAUUGAAGAACUCUAA